UUCUGUCAGCGGGGCCCAGGGUGAUGCUAGGCGAGAGUGGACCCUACUGUGACGACCGCCUGACAGGACGACCAUUAGCACCAUCCAGAAAAGAAAAGAAAGACGCACAGAUACACACACACACACACACACACGGACUCUCUCCUUGUCCUCAAGGAGUUUACAUGUCUAAUAUUUAGACAUGUUUAGCUUUGUGGAUGUGCGGCUGGGGCUGUUGCUCGUGGUGGCGGUUCUCUCUGGGCGGAUUCGUGGUCAGCAGGACAUUGAUGCUCCUGGGACUUGUGAGCACGAUGGCCAGGUGUAUAGUGAUGGGGAUGAGUUUCGGCCAGAGAGGUGCAUGCAGUGCGUAUGCAGAAGGUCAAAGGUCAUUUGCCUCGACAUUGAAUGUAUCCCAGUGGACUGUGCCGAUCCAGUGAUACCACCGUUCGAAUGCUGUCCAGUCUGCCCAGAUGGGGAAAAGGUAAUCGGACCAGCAGGAGACCCAGGUCCACCAGGACUGCCUGGCCGAGACGGCAGCCCAGGUGCAGCAGGCCUGGAAGGGCCUCGUGGACCCCCUGGACCCCCUGGCCUGGGUGUGAACUUCUUGGCUCAAUAUGGAAAAGACUAUGGCUCUGUCACUGGAAAAGACUAUGGUAGUGGAAAGACUGGUGGUGGUGGUGGGAUUGGACUUCUGGGUCCACCUGGCCCUCCUGGCCCCCCAGGUCCUUCCGGAGACCAAGGUCCCGCUGGCCCCGACGGUCCAAAAGGACUUAAUGGCCUUUCGGGAGAGCGUGGUCGCCCGGGUCGUCCUGGUCCUCCCGGUCCUCCUGGCCUCAAUGGUGACCGUGGAAAAGAUGGCAAGGAUGGAUCAGAUGGUCAACGUGGUGUCCCAGGUCUCCUUGGUCUUCAGGGUGCCCGUGGAUUCCCCGGAAUGCCAGGACUUCCAGGCAUGAAAGGGCACAGGGGAAGGAAUGGCCUCGACGGACCCGUAGGAUAUCUUGGUUCCCCAGGACCGAAGGGCGAGCCAGGAUUAUCGGGAAACGAUGGCCCUCCAGGACCUCCGGGAGGACGAGGGACCCCUGGGGACUUGGGUCUGCCUGGGCCCCGAGGGGAGACUGGUUUUCGUGGUCAAGAUGGUUCUCCAGGUGAUGUUGGUCCCCAGGGCUUAACAGGUCCGCCAGGACUCCCAGGUUUCAGUGGGCGACAAGGAAACGCUGGAGCGCCUGGUGAUAAGGGAGAGCCAGGGCCUUAUGGGGAGAACGGAGGACCCGGACCGCCUGGAAACCGUGGACCGCCAGGGCCUCAAGGAGAAAGCGGAAAACGGGGACAAGAUGGAGAAGCAGGAUCAAAAGGAGAGCCUGGAGGACCAGGGAGACCUGGACUCCCUGGCCCACCAGGAUCACUUGGUUUCCCGGGCGAUAUGGGAGGUACCGGCGCAGAUGGACCCAAGGGAGACGCAGGCUUGAGAGGUGGACCAGGAAACAGAGGGGACCCCGGACCUAGAGGAGACCCAGGUGUAAUUGGACUGAGGGGGCCCCCCGGACCGCCUGGGAACAAUGGGAAGCAGGGUUCCCCUGGCGAACAAGGAGCCCAAGGACUUCCUGGACUCCCUGGAGACAGAGGACCUGAUGGUAUGAGGGGACUCCCCGGUCCUACAGGAGCGAUAGGGAAACGGGGUGAUGGUGGAGUGGACGGUGGACCCGGUGAUCCAGGAGACAAAGGUCCGCCAGGCGACAAUGGCGCUAAUGGGGACCCGGGAACCCCAGGAGACAGAGGACUCCGUGGAAGUCCUGGAGCCCCUGGACAUGAUGGCCCCCUUGGCCCCCCUGGACUCAGCGGCCGUCAUGGGGGACCUGGACCACAUGGUCCUUCAGGACAGAUGGGCUUUCCUGGCAUCAUGGGUCCUCCGGGAGAGAAAGGAGGACAUGGUGAAAACGGGCGACCAGGAGAAACGGGCCAACGAGGCUCACAAGGGAAGCCUGGUCCUCCAGGGGGCGACGGCAACAUAGGUGGACCUGGAGAAACGGGCCGGAUUGGGCCUAGAGGGGAGAGAGGAGAUCCAGGUGGCCAAGGACCACCAGGAAUAAUGGGUGCUCCAGGGAUUGCUGGUUGGCCGGGUGACAGAGGUGACAUUGGUGAAACAGGUGACCCUGGUGGGGAUGGCAAACCAGGACCUGGUGGAGCAACAGGUGAUAUUGGACUCCCAGGUUCAAGCGGACCCCCUGGUGUUCCUGGGGGGGUGGGCCCAAAAGGACCCGAUGGACAAUCGGGGGGGAAUGGCGAUAAGGGACCCCCUGGCCCCAGUGGUCUCCCUGGUCCUCCUGGAGGGCAAGGUCUGCAGGGUAUGCCAGGAGAGGAAGGCCAUAAUGGUCCGAAAGGUCUGAGAGGAUCUAGGGGAGAUGCAGGGCCCAAGGGAAAAGAUGGCAAACCAGGCAAGGAUGGCGGCCCCGGUGCAGUCGGCUUCAUCGGAUUCCCAGGCCAAUACGGGUCACCAGGUCCCAAGGGUGAAGACGGCCCCACUGGUUCUGACGGAAUCCCAGGUCCUCGCGGUCGAUCUGGCAAGCGUGGCAAUCGAGGACCUCAAGGACCCCCAGGUUUCCGUGGUACUCCUGGUAACAGUGGGAAAGAUGGGGUCAAGGGUGGACCGGGAGAUAAGGGGCCUCUGGGUGAUCCAGGCGCAUUUGGUGACCAGGGUGAAGAUGGAGAACCUGGAACUCCGGGUCUAUCUGGUUUAAUGGGAGCCAAAGGUUUGAGAGGCCCUCUUGGUGAACGUGGUCCCCCAGGCCUCCCUGGACUUAAUGGAAGAAUUGGACUUCAAGGCAAUAUAGGUGCACGUGGUGAUGCAGGUGGCCAAGGAGAUGAUGGCACAGUUGGUUCCAAAGGCGACCCAGGGCCGCAGGGGCUGAUUGGACCUCCGGGAAACCCUGGGCCCCGUGGGCCUCAAGGAACCCCUGGAGAGAAUGGGCCAGGGGGAGGAAAAGGCAGGGACGGAUCUCCUGGUAUGCCUGGACCUUCAGGUCUGAUAGGGAGGCCAGGACCGCAGGGUUUACCUGGGCAAAGAGGUCAUCCAGGAUUGCCAGGGGCCAGAGGAAGCCAGGGAUCUCCAGGUCCUAAAGGCCCUAAUGGUGAUCCAGGUGGCCCGGGUCCAAAUGGACAAAAUGGACGUCCUGGGCCGCCAGGUCUCCCCGGACGAAAUGGUCAUGACGGUAAAGUUGGUCCGGAGGGUCUGGAUGGACCAGAUGGACUACCAGGCCGAAGGGGCGACCGUGGUCCGAAUGGUCUCCGGGGCCCCUCUGGGCUACCCGGGCGCCCAGGGGUACCUGGACCCCAAGGAAAUCCGGGCAAGAAUGGUGGCAUUGGAGAUACUGGUCCUACAGGUGAUCCGGGUCCUCAAGGAGAAUCUGGGAAACCCGGAGGGCCGGGUCCUAAAGGUCCUUCUGGGGGGAAGGGUGACCGUGGCUGGCCAGGUCGGAGGGGCAUAAAAGGACACAGAGGAAUGCCUGGCCCACAGGGGCUUGCUGGACUUAUUGGUAACCGUGGAGACGCAGGACCUCCAGGAGAUCCUGGCCCUGCGGGACCCAAAGGUCUUCCAGGAAAAGCUGGGCGAGAUGGGGGUGACGGCAACCCUGGUCUACCUGGACCCAUCGGUCCAGUCGGAAUCCGAGGUCACACUGGUGAUAUGGGACCCGCUGGACUCCCAGGCCCCCCUGGACCUCCCGGCCCCCCCGGCCUAACUUAUCCAAUGAUUGACCCUAGUGGCCCCAGGCCACAAACUGUCAAAGGCCCCGACUAUGGCCCCGGUCCCGGUCCCAUAUACGAUGAUUACGGUCCGGGCCCUGUGGAGGACCCUAACCAGUAUCCCAACCCGUACUACCGCGGAGACAGGCCCGACGCAGAAGCGGAGGUGGAGAGGGUGGAGGCCCGGCUGAAGACACUGAGCCAGGAGGUGGAGAGGCUGAAGAGCCCUGAGGGGACCCAGCAGGACCCUGCCCGCAUGUGCCACGACCUCAGGAUGUGCCACCCCGACUGGAAGAGCGGUUUUUACUGGAUCGACCCUAACCAGGGCCCCUCGGACGACGCCAUCAAGGCCUUCUGCAACAUGGAGACGGGCGAGACCUGCAUCUACCCGACUGUGUCCACUGUUCCUCAGAAGAACUGGUACACCAGCAAGACUACCAAGAAGAAGCACAUAUGGUUCAGCCAAUCCAUGUCUGGAGGUUUCCAGUUCCAGUAUGGCAGCUUGGCGGUUGACCCUGACGACAUGGAUGUCCAGUUCUCCAUCAUGCGCCUGAUGUCCAGCCAAGCAUCCCAGAACCUCACCUACCACUGCAAGAACAGCAUCGCCUACAUGGACCAGGCCACCGGCAAGCUGAAGAGCGCUCUGCUGCUGCAGGGAUCCAACGACAUCGAGAUCAGAGCCGAGGGCAACAGCCGCUUCACCUACAGCGUCAGCGAGGAUGGCUGCAUGUCUCACACUGCCACGUGGGGUAAGACAGUCAUCGAUUACAGAACAACGAAAACAUCGCGCCUGCCUAUCAUUGACAUUGCUCCAAUGGACGUAGGAGGAGCCGACCAGGAAUUUGGAGUGGAAAUCGGCCCAGUAUGCUUCUUGUAGGAAACUUUAAAAAAGAACACAGAAUUUGGACUUUUUGUGGAAAAUAUUUUUCUAUCAGUCAUGUGUUUGUUGGUUUAUUGUUGUUUUUUUUAUUGUUUAUCAACUUCCUUGUUUGUGCUUUUUCCAAUUCUGAGGACAACUACAACAAUCAAUUCUGUUCAAAACUGAUCAAAUACAUUGUUUCAUACGUUCAAGUGUAGAUGUCACCCCCUGGAAGCAUAGGACAGAUGUGUAGUGGAACAAUGGUGCUUUAUUUUUCAAAAUAAACGUGGAAAGACAACAAUAAACACAGUGACUGGUUUA